CUACCUCCAAUUCUUUCUUUUAGUGUACGCCAUAAACGCUUGGUUGCUUAACGUAAAUAUACUUGUGGUGUGGUAACUUAGGUAGUGUUGAAUUGCACGUGCGCAUGUUUAAUAAACUUCUACACAUGAGUCAAACAAACGAAAAUUGAUACAUUUAGAGAUGACUAAGUCAAAACUAGUAAGUUUCACCCCUGAUGGGGGAAAAUUAGCACACAGUGGACCAGAUGGUGUCCUAAGAAUUUGGGACACAACCUCUGGAGCUCUUGAGCAUGAAUACCAGCCAGCAGAGCACCUAAAAGCUACCACUUCAUGCAUCAGAUAUUCUCCUAAGAAAUGCAAAUCAUGUCAAAUGGGUACGAUCAGUUUUGUAUCAUCACAUGAGUCACCUAAGCACAGUUCCUGAUCGACAGGAGUUAAUGCAACCCUUCUUCAACAUCAGUGCAGCUCGUAUGUCUACUUUUUCUCAGGUGACGCAGUUACAUGCUCGACUGGACCUAAUUUUAACACAUGUUGCAGCAAGACAACAAGAGGUUAAACAGAAGGAUACAGAACCAGAAGCUUUACUUGUUUACAGAGAUGAAUCUUCUGACGAAGAUGACAUGCUGGGAUACACGAUGAUUGGUGUAUCAGAGUCUGAGGACAAUUGGGACGAGUUGUCAGAUAUAGAUCAAAUGAAUGGCCCAACUGAUGAAGAAUCAGAAAUGGAAACAGACCCACAAUCUGGAGCUGUCAAACGAAAGUUAAACGAUAGAGCUGGAAAAGGAGAGGACAGUGAUGAUGAAGACGAGGAAGAGAGCGUCGAUGGUGAAAUUGAUGAAGAUGAUAGCAAAAAUGCUGAGGAUGAUGAUGAUGGUGAUUAUGGCGAUGAUGAGGAUGAUGCCAGUGAAAACAGUGACAUUGAUAUGAAUGGUGAUGAUGAUGGUGGUACAGACAGUGACAGUGAAGAGUGAUCAUCCAUACAAACACUGAACAUCCUGAUUGUUUUCUUUCCAAAGUUUAACGAAAAAUUGCAGAACAUUUUUAAUAUUUUUAUGUUUGACAGCCAUUGCAUGAGAGAAGAGUUACAAUUAAAUUAUUUUAAUAUGGAA